UAACAGUAAGAAUACAAAUUAUAAUUUAUAUUAUUUAGAAUAUUACAAUAUUAAAUAUUCAAUACUAGGUACUAAUUAUUCCUUAUUCCUUCUGUUUUUCUAAUUUCUAACCAAGUGCAUAGGCACCAUUUGGUGGAGAGUGUCAACUCUGUGCAGGACAGUCGCUCAGUCCAAUAGAUUCCGAGGUUGUCGUAUUAGUUUCCACCCAUGCAUUUAUUCUCAGCAGGACGUGAUAUAGAAAAUGACAAUCAGUCCACAAUGUCAUUUAAUUGUUUUAACUGCAAAGGACGACCAAAUAUUUCAAAUGAACAAUUUAUUAGAAGUGAACAAAACUUCAAUAAUUCUGUUAUAAAUAAUGAUGAAAAUCAAUCCGACCGUUAUGUAUUGUUUGGCAAUUCAUUUCAUAAGGGUAAUAGUUUAGUGUACGAUAUUCCUAUACUAUUCAGAAUGGCAAAAAAACAUUUGUUAAGCUUAAGUUCUGUUGUACGAGAUCAAUAUAAGACAUUCAGAUCUCACGAACAAAGUAAUUGCAAAGCAAUUAAUUUUUCUGAUAUUAGACAAGAAAUUUCCGAGUUUCUUAUAUUUUUAAGAGACUGUCUUCAAAGAAUGAAGGAAUGUGAAAGUUAUAAUUGGUUGAUGGAAUCGCAUGGGAAAAAAAUUGAAUCAGAGCUAAAUAAUUUAUAUUCAACACUUGGACAGUUUCAUAAUUUAUCUGAAACAAUUAUACAACAUGCUCUAACUUCAUCUGAUUGCAAAAAUAACAUAUACUAUCAUUUAUAUCAUUGUCAUUUGGAUGUAAGAUGGUUUAAGUUAUCUUUGCUUUCAGAAUUACCCAAAAGUAAAGAUACUUUUAAACAUUCUUUACAUAAUGCUUUGCAUGAUUUAGUACAGUUAGCAAGAAAUAGAUUUAAAAAACUACCACUCAAAGAUCUACAUUUCAAAAGUGCAUUACUUUGUGAUUGCACCUAUGACUUUUUGGUACUCAUACAGUAUUUAAUUAAUAAACAACAAUUACUAUACAAUUCUGAUAACUUCUGGCAGUAUUUCAACAAGGCUUUAACAGAUGUCAAUUUCGUUGAUUGUGAUGAACUUAUUUUUCGAUUAUGGCUUUUAAACAGUUUACAACAAUCUGACAAAUCAACAUCAAUAGACUUGAAAGAUAGUGGUUUGGUGUUCAUUCUUAAAGAAUUGCUCAAAUAUGAGCCCAACGAAGUACAAUUGAAAUUAUCAGUUUGUUUAUUGGAAAAUAUUGUAAUAUCCUCGUUAAAUACUGAACCAGUAAUUGUGUUGUGGGAAUAUUUUCAUAAAAGAUUAAACUCGACAUUUUAUUCAUCAGACAUGAAGAUUCAGAACAUUGCUUGUAUCAGUAAAAAUGGUCCUGAACUUCUUAUUCAGACUAACAAUCUGUUUUCUGCUCAACAAACUGAUUUACUAUCUAAUUACAAUAGUUUUCAAUUAUUUCAAAGAUUACUGGGUCUUCAUUUACAAAAUAUCAAAUACAACUCAAAAGAUUGGAAUCAAAUAAAAGGUAGAAUAUUUUCAAAAUUCUCACCAAGUAAACUUAUGUCAUUUAAUGAUGUUGGAUUUUAUAAUUUUACAACAUUGUUCUUGACAUUAUCAAUUAUGUCUGAUGAUACAUCACAAAUAGCACUUAAAUAUCAACAUCUUGUAAAAUUAAUUUCUGAACCAAAAUUAGAUGCUAGUACUAGAUCGACAUAUUGGAAAGGCACUGUGGCAUUUUUAAUAUUGCAUUCACAACAAAACAUUUCAAUGACUGCGUAUGGAACAGCACUAUUGGAUACAUUAAAUACCACAUCUCAAGAAUACAUAACUGUUUAUUUAGAUGGUCUUAAAGAAGUAUUUGUAUUCAGUGAAUUUUUAACUUAUGGACAACAUACUCUUAUUGGUCCUUGGUUUGAAAAUUAUCUUAGUACAAUAAAACCAUUGGAUAGUAAUGAAGUCUUACAAACAGUUUUACUCAUACUGGAAAAGCUAAAAAAAGUAGGAAAUGAUCAAUCCAUGCCUUUCUCACGUGAAAAUGGAAUAUUUUUACUCUACAACUCAUUGUACACCUACUUGUUGCCGUUCUUAAAAAAGUCGUGUUUAACAGUUGACUGUGGUACAAUUGUAGCAGAUAUUGCCGCGAGAUUUACAAUUAUUUCAUCUAAACCAGCAUUUUCUGAUACAAAAGUGAUGUUAUUCAAUUUUUUUGUUGUGAAUCAAGGAAUUAAUAUAAAAUUGCUUAAUCGAUAUUUAUCAACCAUAAUUAAAGAAAAUGUCAUUGCUAAUGUCCAUGGAUACAACAGUUUAGCUUUAAUUAAAGAUAUUAAAUUUCGUCAAAAGAUGAGUGAAAAAGUGUCCGAUUAUUUUUACAGUAUCAAAAUAUGGGUGAAUAUUUUAAUAAAACAACACAAACAAAAUGAUGAAAUAUAUAGGUUAUAUAUGGUCAUUGGUUAUGUGUUUGAAAAAAUUUCGCCAUUAAUUUAUGUUAAAGGUAAACCAAAUACUAUCCUACAGGAGUUAUUAGAUUCAAUGCUCCUGGGUGUAAGCUUGAGAAGUCCCAAUUCCAAAAUCCAUCCAAGUGUCAUAACUGCCUUACAAUCUAGUUUACAUCGCUACUUUAUAGGAUUGUUUCGCCUGAAUCCAAAAACAGAUCUGUAUAUAGCUCGUUGUCUUCGUGAACUGAUUUCUUUAUACUUCCCAAAAAUUUUGGUUGGAAUCAAAUCAUCAGAUGAGUUGCCAUUAUUAAAAUUCUUUGAAGAAAAACCAGACUAUGAAAUUCCUGAACGUGCCUUGUUAUUAGAAUUACUUGUAUCAACAUUUUUAAGUAAACGUCACCGAACACCGGAUAGCAGCGUUGCACAAGUCUUGGAUUAUAUAAAUAGUAUUAUAAAAAUAAGCCAAAACAAUAAAUUAGUGAUUUUAUCAAUUAUUCAACAUACAUUAAUGCGCAUUUGCUCAGUAUCAAUGUUUUGCGAAGAAACUAAUGUUUGUAAACGAAUCACCAAUGAAAUUAUCAACACAUUUAUUAAUUUAUGUGUGUCACAGUCUAAUGAAGAAAUCAAAAAUGAAGUCAUGUCAUCCAUGAAUGCACUUUGUGAAGAACACUUAGCAUUUUCUUCAAAAUUAAUAUUUGAAUUUUUUGAUCACAUGAUAACCAUUUCACCAGAUUUUGUUACUUGUUUCCUACCAAAACUUGUAGCACACAUUGAAAAAGUUGAAUGGAAAAGAGGCAUUGGUUCAGAUUUUACUCUUAGGAGAGGAUUAGAAAGAAUUCAAAUAAAACUUGGAAAAAUAUAAAACAAAAGCAGUUGUUACUUUUUUUUAUAUUAUUAAAUAUGAUCAAUGUUAGAUAUGAAGCAACGAGUAUUUAUUUGAAAAUUUUUCCUUGAUUGAAAGGUCUGCCAUCCUUGUCCUUGGCAGUCCAAGCAAAGUACUCGC